CACAAACAACAUUCUUUACCCCUGACCCACUGUGCACGGGUCUUACAGCCACUCAUCUAUAUGCACUUCAUUAAAAAUGUGAAAAACUGAACUUUCCUGAGCAUGGGAGGCUGAUGGGGUUUAACAUAACCUGGCAGCAGGACUUUCUCCUGGAGCCUAGUAACAGUGUUUAUAAAGAAGUGACUUCCCUCUCACACACCAGACUGUUUGGAGCUCCCAGAGAACUGCAACGUGGGAUCCUAAAAUAUGAGACUCUUAGUGGUUUUAAUGUGCUUACUGGCAGGCUGCCUGGCCCAGAAGCCUCAUCCAUGCAGAAGUCCUCCUCUUCUGAGUGGAGCCCUCACUGUGUCCACACAGAAUGAAAAGCUGUGGGCUUAUGCGCAGUACCUGUAUGAUGCACUGGGACAACGAGUACGACUCAGGGAACUGGGGACUUACCAGAAUAAGUCAUUUACUCAAGACGUUCUUCUGCUCUUUAGAGAGGGUACCAUGUAUGACAUUUUCGAGAAUAACCACACAUGCAGCAAAAGGCCUCUGAAGGGAGUCUUCCAUCCUAUGGCCAUCCCAAAAGAUGCAUCUCUAUUGGGCCAGGCUAUUCUGGGCAGCUCGUCUGGACCCGGACAAGGACUCCUGGUCAACACGUGGACAGGAGAUCUGCACGGCGAAACAGGAAAGUACAUGAGCACAGUCACUGAAUUUGGAUGCAUUCCUGUCAGCACUAUGUACCACACCGUCCAGUUUGGAUGGAUGAUGACAAGCUUCUUCAACAACGUCAUUGGGAUUUCGGACCCUGGUCAGCUCAACCCUCCAGACUUCUGCCUGGACACAGAGAUGAAGGCUGAUGAGGAGCCAGUAGACUUCUUCCACUUGUUCCGUAACAAGCAUUGAGGACUUUCUUUAACUGUCUCUAAUUUGAGAUUUUUGAGUGGUGCUACUAAAUCAUAGCUUUGGUAUGUAGCAUACAUCUCACUUGCUCCUGCUACAAACAUGUAACUUAAAGCAUCUUGGGUUGAAAUUCAGCAGAAUUUUACAUAGACACAUACUGUAAUAUGUCUUACUUAAACCUAUAGCAGCACUGAUGAAUAUUUUUAUAUUGGCAAUGGUUUAAAUGACUAUGUGUAAUGUGGAAGAGCUCGCUCAGAAUGAUGAACUCAAGGAUUAUCACUCGAUUCUGCAGUUCUCUGCAGUUUCCUUCAGCUCUACAGAGCGUCUUUUAGCAUCUUAAAGUGCAUUGGUUCAUUUUUGUGGCCUCCAGUUGUUACUCGCUCUCUGCUACAUGUGUUGAUAGAUAAUUCUUUGCUUUCACCUUUAUAAAGUGAUAAUAUGUCAAGGUUGUUUUUUCAGGUUGCUCUACUGAAAAUAAAGUCAAUGCAGUUUUAAAUAAA